GAUUAGAGCUGCCAAAGGAAAGCAAGGUAACCAAAAUAACCAGUUUUGCUUUAACAAUAUUCAAAAGAACACAGAGAUAGCGAUAAGAAACAAACACACUGCCUAACCCACAUCUUUCUCUCUCAUAAUUUUCUUCUAUAAAAAUGAAUUUCUCUUCUCCUCCCACUAGUGCGUGCAGUUGUUUAUCAUGGAGGGCCUCUUCCAUCUCUUCUCUACACCUAGGUUUUCAGUUUAAUAAUUCUGUCGGAUUUUCCAUUUCUUCUCCUACCAGAAAAUUCUCUAGAACACCAAGAUUCAAAGUCUCUUGUUCUUCUUCUGAUCCACUUUUGGUUAAGGCUGCAAGAGGGGAACCUGUAAAUAGGCCUCCAGCAUGGAUGAUGCGUCAGGCAGGAAGGUAUAUGGCUGUUUACAGAAAGCUUGCAGAGAAAUAUCCAUCCUUCAGAGAGAGGUCAGAGACAACUGAUCUCAUUGUGGAAAUUUCUUUGCAGCCCUGGGAAGCUUUUCAUCCAGAUGGUGUUAUUAUUUUCUCUGACAUACUUACACCUUUACCAGCUUUUGGUGUUCCAUUUGACAUAGAAGAAGUAAGGGGGCCUGUUAUUCAGACUCCAAUUCGUUCUGAAGAAGGAUUAAAGGCUCUACAUUCCAUUGAAUUAGAGAAACUCCAUUUUGUGGGGGAAUCACUUAGAAUAUUGCGACAUGAGGUUAAUGGACAUGCUGCAGUUUUGGGUUUUGUUGGAGCUCCUUGGACAAUUGCUACAUAUAUAGUGGAAGGGGGUACAACUCGCACAUACACUAACAUAAAGAGUAUGUGCCAUACAGCACCACAUGUACUGAGGGCUCUUCUCUCUCAUUUGACACAGACAAUAGCUGACUACAUUGUUUUUCAAGUGGAGUCUGGGGCUCAUUGCGUACAAAUAUUUGAUUCCUGGGGUGGACAGCUACCACCUAGCAUGUGGGACUGUUGGUCAAAGCCUUAUAUUGAAGAAAUAGUCUGCAUGGUAAGGAAUAAGUGCCCUGAAACGCCACUUGUUCUCUACAUUAAUGGAAAUGGUGGACUUCUUGAGCGUAUGAAAGGAACUGGAGUUGAUGUGAUUGGGCUAGACUGGACAGUGGAUAUGGCAGACGGAAGGAAUCGUUUGGGUAGUGGGAUUAGUGUGCAAGGAAAUGUGGACCCUGCUUACUUAUUUUCUCCUCUUCCUGCAUUGACAGAUGAAAUUCAACGAGUUGUGAGAUGUGCUGGGCCAAGGGGACAUAUUCUUAAUCUUGGACAUGGUGUUCUUGUUGGGACUCCUGAAGAAGCUGUUGCCCAUUUCUUUGAUGUUGCAAGAAGCUUGAAGUUUAAUACACCUCUUCAAGAUCAUGCAUCAGAAGAACAAGAAUUGGUAGUUUGAGGAGUCAUGUCAGCAAUUGUUUCUUAGAAAUGGGUGUUGGUUGUGAGUUGUUGCCUUAUUGGUUGUUGUCACUGAUUUAGAUUCACUUGAAGCUGUACAAUUUUUGAGGCACUGACCAGAGCUUUGAGGUUCUGUGCAUGCAUCUGCUUGGCUAAUUAGUGAUCUUCUAUUGUAUUUGUAAUUAAAGAUUCAAUAUGAGCCAAUAAUUUUAUAUUUAUUUUGGUAGGUACCUGAGAUGAAUGAGAAUGAAUUUAUUUUUACCAUUA